UGGGCCGGUCAGUUGUGGUUCCCGCGGUGGACUGGUGGAGACUAGAGGUAAACGUGCGGCGACGUCGGCGGCAGGUUGACGAACGUUUUACAAUCGGUUCGUCGUCGGUCUGGGUUUUGUUGUUUUUGUCGUUCGGUUUAACGUUCCUUUAACGCGUAUUAUGAUGUUAUAAUGUGAGCAGUCGGCCCUUCUAUACAACAGUUCGGCUGUACGUGACUAUCGCUGAAUUUGUUUGUUUAUUACCGUGUUACUCGUUUUCUGAUUUCAAUAAUCGCGCGAGUGGUCGCAAAAGAAGUUUAGUGAAAAAAAGUUCUCCGUGGACACGGCACACAAAGCGUACCGGAAUUCGGCCAAUAGAGAUUCUUCUUUUCCAUGGAAGCAGCUCAGUCGCAGUGGUCGGCCAACGACCGUAUUUGAAUCGAAGUGCAGGAGUGACAAAUUCGCACGGUAAAGGCAAUACGAUAGUAUGGCUAGCGGUGAAUUAGAAGUAUUGCGAUGUGAAUCCAGUUUAUGGUCUGGGCACUGUUGUGCCCGAUGUCGGGCCGAAUUGGGCCGAAUAAUCAAUAGAGGGGCCAAUUGUCGUGCUUGUCGUGAACGGAUUUGUAUGUCUUGCAGGGAAUAUUCAACUGCCACACAUGUUCCCGAAUGGCUAUGUAUUCGGUGUCAUAAAGAAAAAAUUGAAUCAUUGGAGCCGGCAAAAGAAUGGAUCGUUGAUUUUUGGACACCAGAAAACAUGAAAUAUCCGAAAAACGAAACUAAGCUCGGCAGGUCCCUGACGUUUAAAGACUCGUCUCCGUGGUCGGCCGUCAGAGGGUCGCCCGAACUGCGAGCUUACAGCAGCAUGCCGCGGGGUAGCGUACCGUGGCCGCAGCGCAAUGGUAGCGGCGUCGGAGCGGCCAUACGCAUCGGACGAUCCGCACAAGCCGCCGUAGGACCGACGAAUCCCGACGAUCUUCCGGCACAGCGGCAACCAGCAGUAGAAGUUAACACCGUCCAUCUGGUGGACACUUGUGGCCACAUCAUCGACAUGCAAACGGUCUCCGAGUCGACGGGGACAGCCAUCGCCGAUCCCUCCACGCUGAAGACUUUGGGCGACAUCGACCAUCCCGGCGGUGACGAAUCCGAAGACUUCAGCCGGAAGCAAGUGGCUACCGCUCUAACUAGAUUACAAGAAGAUCUCAAACAUAUUCCGCCCGGAGUAACGCCACCUAGAAGUCGACGUUUUCUCCGCCGGGACCCUUUCCUACACGAAGAAAUCCUGGGCGGUAAUCGGACCAAGGAUGACUAUCGUCUGGUCUUCCUGAACGGAGCUGACUGGUCAUCGGACGAUGGCGGUUGUGGUCGACAAACGUCAUCCAGCCUUUCGGCCGAUGACGAUUGUGACUGGGACUAUUUUAUGGCCGGCCUGGACGAUGACAACGACCAGACGCGACCGCCGAAACAAACACAACAAGAACAGCAACGCCAGUCGGCAGGUGGCGCAGGUACCGGUAACGGUGACCAGUUAACCGGCUGUAGCGGCGGCAGUAGUGGUGGAAGUAAACUGAGCGAGACUGACGCACGCGCAAUAACAACGACGUCGACAACGUUCGUUCCGGUCGUGUUGCCGUUCCCCGUGUUCGUGCCAGUGCCGAUUGUGAUACCGCCGGAGCGCGCGCACUACACGCUUACUACCGCGUUCGCAAACGUUUUAACUGAAUAUUUUCGUGAACGGGAUGCCGUCAGUGGUACAGAAGUGAAAAAUGUGAACGACCAAAGGGGCGCCGGUGGUGUCGUCGUGAAAAUGCCGGAACCUCCCGCGGCCGCAGUAGACGAAGGCGGCGGUGCUGUGCUCACAAUGUACGCGACCCUUGACGCUAAAUCGUCGUCGUCGCCGGUCGCAUCGUGUGGAGAUGAAGAUCGCGAUGGUGAGGUCGGAUAUUAUUCGUCAUCCUCGUCACCAUCUCCGUCGCCGUCAGAUGAUUCGGACGAUUCGGACGCGCAGAACAUUGCCAUGUCGUACGACGUAAACGAUAGUCCGGACGAUGACGACGAUGAAGAUGAAGACGACGGGUGUAAUGUGAAGCUGUCCAGUAUCUUGGAUUCGACGUCCGCUGCGGCAGUUAAAUCUGCCACCGGAAACAGUAGCGCAUCUGACGAAUUUUCCGGCACUGAGUCCAUGGAACAGAUAUCCGUUGACGAGUCUUCCGCCGCCGCUUGUUUGAGCGGAAAGUUUACUAGUUUAAUAAUGAUAACACGUGACGACAAGCCGGCAGUGAACGUUGUGACCAGUGAUACGACAAAAAUAAUGCCCACGGUGAUCCAAGAUGAAGGGUUCAAACUCACUCUGGAUACUUCCGAACCGGCUGAUGACAGUGAAGUGAAGGUCGUAACAGGUGGUGACACAUUGUCAGCUGUCAUCGCGUUGGAAGAAGGUUUGGCCGAUGAUGAUUCUUGGGUGGAAGAUUUGGAUAGAGACGAUUUCAAAAUUGAAUCUUCCGAAGGUGAAGAGAUGUCGUUUGAAGAAGAACCUGAGUUCAGAAGAUCGGCAUUAGACUUUACAUUACACACUAUCGUGGAGGAAAGCUGCGAAGAAAGCGAAGUUGAAUCUGACCGGAAUAACCAGACAGAAUUAGAAAAAUAUUUUUUCUUUGGUCUCUGCGAUAAAGAUCAAGAUGCUGGUAGAAACACUGACGCGUUUUCUGAAACAAGUUCUAUCAUGAGCGAAGGCUUCGAGUCUUUGGACAGCAUCGAGCCACAACCUGCAGUAUCUGAAAUGGCUGGAUCUAGACUAGAACGAUAUUUCUUAAGCGAAUUCAUGGGCUUCGAUCGACCAGAUUCGGACGGUAGUGUUGGUAGUGAUAGUCCAGAACACAGUCCUGAACAACGGAGAAAAAGAUUGGUUAGAGCUAGAGGAACUGGGCGACAACAUUCAUCACUAGACAAUCUUACAGAAUCUGAACAACAAGUAGAGAUUCAAUUGGAUUACGAAGAUUCGUCCACAAGUUCAGAUUCAAACGAGGAAUCUGUAUCGUUCGAAAAAAAUGAUGGUCAAUGUGAUACUGUUAAAAGAGGCAAGAAGAAGAAAAGAUCGAUUGUAACUGCUCCACCUUUGGAAGCAUUAGAAACCGAAGAAACCGCAGAAAAUAUUAAUACUGUAGACGACGUACUAGAUAAAAAUCCAGAUAGUGUUGACGUGCCAGAGGAAAAAUUAACAGUUCCGAUAACAGAAAACGAUCAAAAACCAAAUGCCACAGAGGGUCUGACCAGAACCGAUAGUUUUAAUUAUUGGAGUUCGGAUGAAGAAACCAAUCUAAUGAUGUCUAAAAUGAGAGCGUUUUUCAAGACCAUGUUGGCAAACCAACCAAAACCGGAAGUGCCAGGAGAAAAGAGCAAGCCUCCUCAAUUGGUAAAAUUCGAGUCCGAACUGACUAGACUGAUGAAAACUGUACCGGGAAUUAGAGACGAACAAGUGAAAGAAAUCGUCGAAUAUUUAAGCAGCGAGGACACGUGGAGCGAUUCUUAUGAUUCAUCAGACUACACAAGUUCUGAUCUGGAGACCGGGUCUAGACUACAAGAUGAAAACCGGGACACUGCUUUUGUAUAUCAAAAACUUAUGGCUUCGUUGCGUAAAAUUGAAGUACCUAGUUCCGAUUCGUCGGCGUCCAGGAAUUCGCCGCCUCUCGUUACCAAAGUGAUGCAACACAUUGGAAGCAGACUCGUGGCGCUGAUGCAUGCGGUUUCCGAAAAUCCUGGUACUCCACGAGCAUCCAGAUAUCACAGAAGAUCUCAUCAUCACCACAAAACUUCGAUCAUUUCCACUACUACGGAGGAAGAGGAUGAAGGCGAUGACGAACAGUUUAAUAGUCCGUUGCCAAGAUCCAAGUCACACGAUCCGUUAUUAGAAGAAGCUCGACAAGAAGCCAGCGACAAUGAAAGGUUCAGUUGGCGAGGUAGUUUCGAAUCGACGCUCAUGAUGUCGGACUCACGAACCCGGUUAACGUCAAGUGGCGAGAGUUGUGUGACGCUUGCUGCUAAAAGACGGUCCGCUGGUGACCUAUUGAUAAAGAGUGCCAACAGUAGCCGGGAACAGUUAGACCGGGUGCGAUCUUGCGGUAGUAUCGGCGGCAGCGUUGAGGACCGAAUCUGGAGGAACGGAAGAAGACGGAGCAGCGUACCUGAUAGUGGUGACUCGGGUGGAGACAGCGACGAUGGUGUGGUGGCCACUGGUCCAAAGUCGACCACAUUACCCAGGAGUCUUCAGCAGCAGGCCAUCGUGUCGUCCUCGAAUACAAACUCACUACCCAGACUGCCUACUACUGCCGCUGCCGCACCCGCACCAUCUCCGAGUCCACUCACUGGUAUAUACAAGGCGCACAGCGUACACCAAUUCAACGUAAAGUCAGCCAGGUAUAGACCACCUGGCUACAAGAACGUGGCUUCGCCGCCACGCAGGGAGUAUAACCGCAGAAGGAUCACGCAGCAUCCAGGACAACAACAAUCUGCGUCAACGUCACCAUCCCCAUCUUCGUCAUCAAUGGCCAACUAUAAUUUCCAAUCGCCGCCGACCGGUUCUAUGGUUAACGAAAACGACUGCAGGACGACAAUAGCAUGUGGUAGUAUCAGUGGUUCGGAACCUUUGGCUAAUUCAUCGUUUUGUUCAAAACCCGAAGACGAGAUGGAAAAAUUAUCGCACAGGAGUAACUCUUCACUAGGAGUAGCUAGAAGCGAUUCCAUGGCAUCCGUAUACUCUGGAGCUGGAGAAGGCAGGUACGGCACGGUACCUAUCAGAGGCGAGGUGGAGUUUGGUCUUCAGUACAAUUACAAAGCGGCACAGUUCGAGAUCAACAUCAAACAUUGUCGUGAUUUAGCAGCGGCUGAUCCCAAAAGAAACAGAUCUGAUCCCUAUGUCAAAGUGUAUCUAUUGCCUGAUAAGUCUAAAGCUGGAAAAAGAAAGACUCGAGUAAAAAAACACACGAUGAACCCCAUAUUUGACGAGGUGCUCAAGUAUAGUCUGCCAUUGGAAGAACUUAACAGCAGAACGUUAUGGUUGAGCGUAUGGCACUCAGACAUGUUUGGACGAAACAACUUCUUGGGUGAAGUCCAACUUCCUUUAGAGAACAAAAUAUUUGAUGAUCCAUCACCUAAGCUCUACCCGCUUCAGGAACGAAUAGAACCUUUAGAUGAUAUGUGUGUCAGUAACAAAGGUGAAAUUAUUGUCGGCCUGAAGUGUGUACCACCCGACCCGAACUCAAAAAAACGCACCAAAGGCACAUUCCUUCUGCUAGUAAAAGAUGCAAAGAACCUUCAAGCGAUAAAAUCUAACGGCUCAUCCGAUCCGUUUUGUAAAAGUUAUUUAUUACCAGAUAAGGGUCGCAGUUCUAAGCAGAAGACCAACGUAGCCCGAAAGACGUGCAACCCAAAUUGGAACCAAACGCUCACGUACCGAGACGUUUCUCCAGACGAAUUGGCUGAGCGGAGUCUGGAAUUGACCGUUUGGGACCAUGACCGGCUAGGCAGCAAUGAGUUUUUGGGAGGUGUCCGUCUGUCAUUGGGCUCAGGUAUGUGUGACGGCAAACCGGUCGACUGGAUGGAUUCCAAUGAAAAAGAAACCGCCUUGUGGCAAAGGAUGUUGGACAGGCCAAAUUUUUGGGUCGAAGGUUGCCUGACUUUGCGACCGUCGUUGGAGUUAGCGAGCAAAAAUUAAAACUAAUAUCCAUUUAUUUUUAUAUAUACAUAAAUCAAUUAUUUUAUUCUUCAGACGUAUACAUAUAUGUCUUCGUAUAUUUCUUUUAUUAUUAUUAUUAUUCCGUUUCAUGAUGUAUUUACGUUAAAUAGUAUCAUCAUUAUCUUGAUACAAUAUUAUGUAGAUACUCACCGAUGGAAACAUUGGUCUUUGAUUGUAUUUUUAUUAUUUCUAAUUUUUUUCUUUUUUUUUUAUGUUUUGUUGUUUUUAUAUAAACGCUAAGAAUAUCUGUGAUUUGAGAUUAUUUUGAUCGUGUAACAAACGAAGAAUUUAUAAUAAUCAUAAUAUGUUUCGGUCUUCCAUUCGAAUUUUGUACGCAUUAUAUAUUAAUAUUACUAUUAUUAUUAUUAUUAUAUGAUGUAUAUUAUGUAGUUUUAAUAUUUACGUGUUUUUCUAUGUACAUGGAUAAUAUUUAUGCGUUAUAUGUGCAUCUCAUGUUAUUUAUUUUUUGAUAAAUGUGCAGUAUUUUUUAUUUUAUUUUAUGUACAUUACUAUUACUAUUAUUACUAUUAUUAUUAUUAUAACUUAUAGUCUGUAGUUUUAUAUAUAUAUUUAAAUGUAAUUCGUUCGAUGGUAGAGAAAAAUAGAAAUGGGUUAAGGAAAAUACUCUUUCAGAGAUUAUCCUAAAAAUAUUAUAUGCUACUCGUUUUUUUUGAAAUGAUGAACAUGUGUGUAACUUGACGUAUAAGUAAUAGCUAAAACAUGUAUCUAUCUGAAAACAUUUAAUGAAUAUAAAAUUUUGUUGUAUACAAUAUACGCAUUACCGAUUAA